UUCCAGCUGAUCUCUCCCACGUGAUUCCCCCCUCUACACCGUCUGUUCCCUGAGCUUGGUGCUUACCAGCGUGUUCUCCCUCUGGAUGGCCGUGUGUUUGCACUCAGCUCGGAGUUUGCUGCUGGAUCCUAAUGCCUGACCCCCUCGCUCCGGCUCUCUGUAUGCAGACUUUCAGCAGAGCAGCAGCUGCCCGCCUGUUUGUUUUUUUUGUAUUGCAGACUUUGGGGCUAAUGGGUUUCUGUCUAAGCCGAGUGGCUGGGGCGCCUGAGAAGAAACAAUAAUGGAACAGAAGUAGUUUCCUCCUCACCCUCAACCCCCUUUUCUCUCUUCAAAAAUCAACCCUCCUCUCCCUGCCUCCCCAUCGAAACAAAAAAAAAAUCUUAACACGUCAGUCAGACGGAAGAUGCAGAAAAGUAUCAGGUUGAAUGAGGGGCACGCUGUGUAUUUAGCUCUGGUUGCGCGGAAGGAGGGGACGAAACGCGGCUACCUGAGCAAGAAAACAGCGGAGAACAGCAAGUGGCACGACAAGUGGUUCGCCCUCUACCAGAAUGUGCUGUUCUACUUUGAGAACGAGCAGAGCAGCAAACCCUCGGGGAUUUAUCUGAUCGAAGGCUGCACUUGCGAGAGGGUCCCGUCCCCCAAGCCACCGCCAAUGGGCAAGGAGACGCUGGAGAAACAGCAUUACUUCACCAUAAAUUUUGGCCAUGACGGACAUAAACCAUUGGAGCUCCGGAUUGAGGAGGAGGCUGACUGUGAGACGUGGGUGGAUGCUAUUCAACAAGCCAGUUACUGUGAUCUUCUAAUUGAGCGUGAGGUACUGAUGCAGAAGUAUAUUCAUCUGGUUCAGAUAGUAGAAACGGAGAAAAUUGCGGCACAUCAGCUCCGGCAGCAACUUGAAGAUCAAGACACAGAGAUUGAGAGAUUGAAAUCUGAGAUUGUUGCUGUGAACAAAACAAAAGAACGGAUGCGACCUUACCAAGGAAAUGCCGAGGAUGAAGACCCAGACAUUAAAAAAAUUAAAAAGGUUCAGAGUUUCAUGAGGGGCUGGCUGUGCAGACGAAAAUGGAAGACAAUUGUACAGGACUACAUUUGCUCUCCACAUGCAGAGAGUAUGAGGAAAAGGAACCAAAUUGUCUUUAACAUGGUGGAAGCAGAAUCAGAGUAUGUCCAGCAGUUGUAUAUCUUGGUGAACUGCUUUCUAAGACCCCUACGGAUGGCUGCCAGCUCAAAGAAGCCCCCAAUCAGUCAUGAUGAUGUCAGCAGCAUUUUUCUCAACAGUGAAACAAUCAUGUUCCUUCACGAGAUAUUUUACCAAGGAUUAAAAGCGCGGAUAGCCAACUGGCCGACACUGGUGUUAGCUGACUUAUUUGACAUUUUACUACCAAUGCUGAAUAUUUAUCAAGAGUUUGUCAGGAACCACCAGUACAGUCUGCAGGUAUUAGCAAACUGUAAGCAAAACAGGGAUUUCGACAAGCUGCUGAAACAGUAUGAAUCAAACUCGGCAUGUGAGGGGCGGAUGCUGGAAACCUUUCUCACAUAUCCCAUGUUCCAGAUCCCGCGAUAUAUAAUCACACUGCAUGAACUCCUGGCGCACACACCGUAUGAGCAUGUGGAAAGAAAAAGCCUGGAAUUCGCAAAAUCGAAACUGGAAGACCUUUCAAGGGUAAUGCACGAUGAAGUGAGUGACACAGAAAAUAUUAGGAAAAAUCUUGCAAUAGAACGAACAAUUGUGGAAGGAUGUGACAUAUUGUUGGAUGCAAGUCAGACAUUUGUACGACAAGGUUCCCUCAUACAGCUCCCUUCAGUGGAGAGAGGAAAGCUUGCCAAGGUUCGUUUAGGUUCCCUUUCUUUGAAGAAAGAAGGAGAGAGACAGUGUUUCUUGUUCACAAAACAUUUCUUAAUCUGCACAAGAAGUUCGGGAGGAAAACUGCAUCUCUUGAAGACUGGAGGUGUGAUUUCCCUGAUAGACUGCACCCUAAUAGAAGAACCUGAUUCAAGUGAAGAUGAGUCAAAAGGCUCUGGUCAGGUCUUUGGGCAUCUAGAUUUCAAGAUUGUGGUUGAAUCUGCCGAUGCCCCACCAUUCACAGUUGUACUGCUAGCUCCAUCCAGACAGGAAAAAGCUGCAUGGACCAGUGACAUAAGCCAGUGUAUAGACAACAUACGAUGCAACGGUCUAAUGACCAGUGUGUUUGAGGAAUAUUCAAAAGUUACUGUGCCUCAUAUGAUUAGAUCUGAUAUCCGACUUCAUAGUGAUGAUAUGGAUAUCUGUUUCCGCAAGACACUGAACUCCUGUAAAGUGCCACAGAUCCGCUAUGCCAGUGUUGAGAGGUUGCUGGAGAGACUGACUGAUCUACGCUUUCUUAGCAUUGACUUCCUCAAUACCUUUCUGCACACCUAUCGAAUAUUCACUACUGCACUGGUUGUCUUGGAGAAACUGACAGACAUCUACAAAAGACCUUUCACAUCCAUCCCUGUCAGGUCACUGGAACUGUUUUUUGCAACUAACCAAAGCAACAGAUCUGAGCACAUGAAUGACGGAAAGUCUCCAAGACUGUGUCGGAAAUUUUCUUCGCCUCCUCCGCUGUCUCUUUCUCGAACAUCCUCUCCUGUCCGAACUCGGAAACUUUCACUCAGCUCCCCUGUGAAUUCUAGAAUAGGAGUCCUUGAUCUUUCCACAUCCUCCACAUCUAGUACUUCUACUUUUGCUUAUAGCCCAGCUGCCUCUCCACCUCCCCUAGCAAGCAAAACCCCAUUGGAUCUGAGCAAAGGUUCCUCCUCCCCAGAUCAGUGCCCUCUGUCCACAGAGGAAAAUUCAGAGCAUCCCCGCAUUGACAUAUGCAGCAAGUUAAGAAGAAGCAUCAGGAGAGUUCAAUCUGGUGUGAUGGGACCUGGCUGCAGGGAAAUGGACAAUGUACGAUGUUCUGUGUCUCCUACUUCAGCAUUCGCCAUUGCCACAGCUGCAGCAGGACAUGGGAGUCCACCAUCCGAAAAUUCCGGAGUGCAGGAAAAGUUUAGACGAGUUUCAAUGGGAGGAUUUAACAACUCAGAGCGCAUGUGUGACAAAGAAUUUAUAAUACGUAGGGCAGCUACAAACCGUGUUUUGAACGUACUUCGACACUGGGUUUCCAAGCACACUCAGGAUUUCGAGAUGAACAGUGAACUGAAAGCCAACAUUGUAAAUUUAUUAGAGGAAGUGAUGCGUGACCAUGAUCUCCUGCCCCAAGAAAGGAAAGCAACAGCCAACAUUUUAAGUGUGCUUUCACAAGACGAGUUGGAUGAUCCUCAGCUGCGGAUGGAAGUUUUAAUUCAGAUGACAGAUGGCCCCAGAAUGGAAACCUUUGAGACGCUAUCAGUCAUGGAAAUAGCUGAGCAGUUAACGCUCCUUGAUCAUAUUGUUUUCAGAAGCAUACCAUAUGAGGAGUUCCUUGGCCAAGGGUGGAUGAAACUUGAUAAAAAUGAACGGACACCGUACAUCAUGAAGACUAGUCAGCAUUUUAAUGAUAUGAGUAACCUUGUUGCUUCUCAAAUCAUGAUGCAUGCUGAUGUCAGUUCACGCACGGUUUCCAUUGAGAAAUGGGUAGCAGUGGGAGACGUUUGCCGAUGUCUGCACAACUACAAUGGAGUCCUUGAGAUCACAUCAGCCCUGAACAGGAGUGCUAUCUAUAGACUGAAGAAAACCUGGGCAAAGGUUUCCAAACAGACCAAAGCUCAAAUGGACAAGCUCCAGAAAAUCGUCUCGUCAGAAGGAAGAUUUAAAAAUCUAAGAGAAACACUGAAAAAUUGUAAUCCACCAUGUGUUCCAUAUCUUGGGAUGUAUUUGACUGAUCUAGCAUUUAUAGAAGAGGGUACCCCGAAUUUUACUGAAGAAGGUCUUGUAAACUUUUCCAAAAUGAGAAUGAUAUCGCAUAUUAUCAGGGAGGUGCGACAGUUCCAACAAACACCAUACAGAAUAGAUCAUCAACCAAAGGUCAUUCAAUACUUACUUGACAAAUCAAUUAUUAUGGAUGAAGAUACAUUGUAUGAGCUGUCGUUAAAAAUUGAACCCAGGCUCCCUGCAUGAGAACCAGUAAUUCUGUGGCUGCAAAGUUUCAGCAGCUUAGUAUGACAACCCAGAGUGUACAUGGCGUGCUGCAUGGAGUGUGACUUAUCUACCCAGGGUAAAUGUGAGUUUUCCUAAAAGAAAGAUGGAACCUUUCGGGAAGAUCGCUUAACACGCAUUGGAAGAUGGAGAACUUCUGCUUGGGGUGAAAGAUUAAGGUCAUUCGUAACCAGAAAACUUGACACUAUGAAAGAGCAUAAUUUCUGCAGAUUGAAAAAAAAAUUGAAGUUAAGUUAAAAUGAGAGUCAUUGUUUUUAAAUUAUUUUAAGAAGACACAUUAUAGUGUGCACACACACAAAAAAAAUGGCAAGCAUUGAGGUAACUGUUCACCUGGAAGUCUGGACAUUCAAUGUGAUACAAACUGUUUCCUUCCUAGGAGCUGUUUUAAUAGCAAGCAGUUUGACUGGCUGCUGGUAGGCAUUUGCUAUUCAGAGACCGGUGCUUGCUAUAAGACAUGAAAACUGAAGGACUUUCAAAACAUCUGAGAGAAAUUAUACCUAAAGAACAACUUGAAAAAUAGCAGUGUUGAGUUUCACGGAGAAUAGCGUGAAAGAUGGUGAAAUGCCACCAGAGUUCUUAGUGGCUUCAAGAAAUGAGCUCUUCAAACUUAAGUUGAAAAGUUCUAAUGGCAUGAGUUUUAAAAACAUCUGCUUACUGUAACAUUGCAGCUUUGUUGCACACAUGAACCAUUCAUGAAAUUACAAGUCGUACUAAAAUAGUGAUUUAGGGUAUCACUGCUUGCCUAUACUUUAACAGGCUUCAGUUCUGUAUGUUGUAAUGUAAUCGGGAAUGUUCAGUAGUAGCUUUCUAAAUGGAAUGUUGAAUGUUGAUGUUUAGUCACAUCAUGUUUAUGUUGAGCUAUGUAUUAUGUUGGGCUGCUUGUUUGUGCUUUCCUACUUCCAAAGUCUUAAAAACUCUCAUGAAAUCUAGAAUCAAAGCUGCCACAGACACGGUGUGGGUCCAUGUGAAUAAUAAACUACUGACAAUUUUAAUAAUAUUUCAAAACAUGUUCUGGUAAACUAUUAUUCAAUAUUCAUAAAAAUGAUUUUCCCAAGGAUCUGAAAACUCAUUCAUCCUCAAUGUUAAGGAUUUUGAUCAAGACCAACUUGUAAAAUGCAACUUUCAAUAGGCAACAUUUUUUAAAAAAUGAAUUAAUUCAACGCACGGUUGAUGACAGUGUGCUGGAUUUUACAGUUUCUGGUAGGUACAGGCCUGAAACAGGGAGUGUGCAUUGUGUCUCUCUGGCCCCUCUCUUGUCAGCAUGUUGAAUCCAAUGUCAACUAACCAAGUUGUGGCUGGCCAGUGGGAAUGCUGGCUGUGUUGAAAAAGAGGGCACUAUGCCUCAUUGUUUAUCAAUUUGGAAAGAGGUUAAGCCAAGAAGUUAGUCAGACAAAUCAUGUGGGCUGUUCCCCCAUCCCCUCUUGCUUAUGUAAAACACAUUCAUCCGUUGCAGCCACCAGUUUAAAGGCACACCUUCUCCUCACACUUUGCAUGAUCAAUAUGCCAGACUAUAACAACUUAAGAAACAAAGUCUGCUAAUAGCCAAAUGCUGUCACCUUCAAAAGUAGACUCUGCUGCUACAUGCCCUUAUGGCCCCCUUUUCAUCCACCCGUGCACUGCCUCCUCUUACUUGGUGGUACUGCCUCGUAUGUAUUUACCAUAUGACUAGGGAAAAAUACAGUGGGCAAUAAAAGAUUACAGUUGAUCAGUUUAUUAACAAACUCAACAGGUUGUUAACUGGUUAUUUGAAAAGAGCAGUGUUCUUCAGGUUCUGGCACCAACUUGCCUUGCAUGUUAUUGGAGUCUGGCUGGAUGACAUUGGAUUGCUGACCCAAUGUCAUCAAAUGUCAUCAUAUCAAAUUUUCCAUUUGUACAUUUGGUGUGGUGGAGGUGGGGAUUGUGAGCUGUCCAAUUUCUGACAGUGAAAUUCAGUCCAUUGGCUUCUCUCCACAAUCUUCACACAUUAGCAAUCCAUGUUUUACUGAGACCUGUUGGGAAAGCAUUUUACUAACAACUCUGCAGUUAAAGCUGGCUAGUAUCAGAAAUGGUUUCUGAAGAAAAUAUUUCACUAUAUCUAGCUGUAAUAAUUUUAAUCUAUGUCAAAGAUCGUCAAGUCUAGACCAGCAGUUUUAGAGACGUGGUAAAGACCCACACUCUCAGACUGGAACUCUUACAAAAGACGACUAACAGUGGGUUAAUGUAUCAUUCUGAUUGUGCGAUUACAUGAGCAUUUAUAUGACAUUCUUUGUAAUAACAUGAAAGUUUAGAUUACGGUGAGGUAUUUUAAGAUGAGAUAUUAUGGAAAAGUGUCCUUCAUACUUUAUGAAAAUAUAUUUUAUAAGAGGGACAACACAACACUAGGGCUAUUUAUUUACCACUGAUAAUAAAGCAACUCUCAGGGAGUCAACUCUUUAAUGUACUAAAUUCAAAUAGUUGCAGGUAAUAUUAUUUUUAAAUUCCUUUUUAUUUAAUUUCCUACACAAUAUACUUUAUGCUAAAUUAAAUAACAAUGGUUGUUUGAUUUGAAAGUUUCAGUUCUGUGCUUGUAUAAUAGAACUAUUUAAUUACACAACUGCAAAUAUGCUGUCAAUGUCAUGGUAAGCAAUAUGUAUUUGUAACAAUUAACUGGCAAAGCAGUUAAUUACUGCUGCACUAUUGAUUGAAUAUAAGGCACAAGUAUAUAACAUAAUGGUAAAUGGGGUUUGGUUAGCUCAGUUGGCUGGGCAAUUGGUUUGUGAUGCCAACAGGGUGGGUUCAAUUCCUGCACUGGUUGAGGAUACCAUAGAGGACUCUCCAUCUCAACUUCUCCCUUUGCCUGAAGCGUGGUCACCCUCCGUUUAAACCACCACCAUGUGUCUCUAACAAGGCAACAGCCCUGUGGUUUGGUAGGACUUACUUUUACUGGUAAAUACAAGUUAUUUAGGGAGAUUUGUUUAACAAUGAGCAGUGUGUAGGUGAGGGGUUUCAACUUGAUGAAAAUGUGAGGAUGUUCAUAUAGUGAUUGUAACUAAGUGAGCCAGGUGGACCUCAUAGAAUAUGAGUUCCCUGAUUGGAGCUGUUAAUCUGGUCCAAUUAGGGAGCCCUGGCUGACAGAUAAGAACAAGAGU